UGCUCGCUUGUGAUCUCUUACGCCGUCUCCCUCACCUCUAGAUUCCCAGGGUUUGUUUUGCCAUGUCUAGGUGUUCACCCGGUUCAAGACCUUUCCCCGGAAGAGCAACGCAGUGUCACUUUAAAGGAUCUGGAUGCUGCACUGCCGCUUAUAGAACACUAUAAAGAUAAAUUGGUAGCAAUUGGAGAAGUUGGACUAGAUUUCACUCCCAGAUUUGCCAGCUCGGAUGAACAGAAGGAAGGACAAAGACAGGUUUUAAUCAAGCAGGUUGAGUUAGCAAGAAGACUGGAUUUGCCUUUAAAUGUUCAUUCCCGCUCAGCUGGAAGACCAACCAUUAAUCUCUUAAAGGAACAAGGUGCUGGGAAUGUGUUACUCCAUGCAUUUGAUGGGAAGCCAUCCGUAGCAAUGGAAGGCGUGAAAGCUGGAUACUUCUUCUCCAUCCCUCCUUCCGUUAUAAGGAGUGAACAGAAGCAGAAGCUUGUGAAACUGUUACCUCUGGAAAGUAUAUGCUUAGAAAGUGACUCUCCUGCUCUGGGGCCUGAAAAACAGGUAAGAAAUGAACCAAAAAAUAUUUACGUUGCUGCAGAAUGUAUUGCCAAAAUUAAAAGAAUCCCGAUUGAAGAAGUUAUAGAAGUGACAACGCAGAAUGCAGUGAAAGUAUUUCCCAGGCUUCAGAACUUCCUUCGGAUAUAGGCUUAGCAACACAUAAAAUUUGAAAUAAUGUUGCAGAAACUACUGUUUAUGGCCUAAUAAAUCAAACCAACACAUA